AUGAUCAUCGGGAUGGACAUAACACAUAGUUCCAUUGACUCAGUGCUGUCCCAAGCGGUCGACAGUCUGGAGUUCCCAAUUCACAACGGUCCUCUGCGAGCGAACGGUUAUCAGACCCCGGCAAGGCUAACGCUUCAGCGUGUCUACGAUCAGGUUCAAGGAGUGCCGCCAACGGAUGCGAACAAGCCGAUCGAGGUUCCUCCAGGGCCUCCUGGAAAGGGGAAACCUAGACUUCUCCUGAUGGGUCAAAGAAGGAGUGGCAAGUCUUCAAUAUCGAGCGUUGUUUUCCACAAGCUACCUCCCAACGAGACCUUGUUCCUGGAGUCGACGGCUCGUAUCCAGAAAGAUUCCAUGGCAUCUUUCAUGGACUACCAAGUCUGGGAUUUCCCCGGCCAGAUCGACUUCUUCGAGAACCCAAACUUCGACAUGGAUGCCAUUUUUGGCGAGAUCGGCGCCCUCAUCUGGGUCAUCGACGCUCAGGACGACUACCUCGAGGCCGUCGCGCGUCUCAACGCCACAGUCCUCAACCUGCAGCGCUUCUACCCAAACAUCAACAUCGAGGUCUUCAUCCAUAAGGUCGACGGCCUUUCGGACGACUACAAGCUCGACAUUCAGCGCGACAUCACCAUCCGCAUCCAGGAUGAGCUCUCGGACCACGGCUUCGAGAACGCCCCAGUCACCUUCCACCUGACGUCCAUCUACAACCAUUCCAUUUUCGAGGCCUUCUCCAAGGUCAUCCAGAAGCUCAUCCCCCAGCUCGGCACCCUUGAAGCCAUGCUCACCAACCUGUGCCGCACGUGCCGCUUUGAGAAGGCCUACCUCUUCGACGUGCUCUCCAAGAUAUAUAUCGCCACCGACUCGGCCACGGCCGACAUGGCCUCAUACGAGAUCUGCUCCGACUACAUCGACGUCAUCAUCGAUAUUACCGAAGUGUACGGCUCCUGGCCCCGAUCCGACAGCCAGCGCAAGCGCCUCGAGGCUGAGCCGUGGAACGCAAAGGUCGAGGACCAGGUCGCCUGUAACUGGGCCGAGAGCUGCAUGGUCCUGCACGACUCACAGCGGCCCAUCAUGCUGCGUGAGGUUGACCGCUACCUCGCCCUCGUGGCCAUUAUGAAGGAGGACUCGUAUGAUCGCAUGCCGCUUGUCAACAUGAACGUGGAGGCCGUUGUGCAGGGCGUUACCGAGUUCUUUGAGAUUACAAAGUCGAGGAAGUGA